CAUGCUGAGGGCUCUGCGGAGGCGCUGGGAGGCCUACAAGUACCGCUUCGUGCCCUGGAUCGCGCUCAACCUCGGCCACAAGCGCAGAACUCUGCGGUUUGUACCAGAAGGCUCUAAAGACAAAACGGUUUCUGAUGAAGAUGUACUUCAGACACUCCUGAAAACUUUCACAGCUUUAUUUGUAAACGACUUGAGGAGACAAACAUUUCUUCUUAGCUUUCUUCCGAACGUUAAAUCUAAAUACCUGGACCUGCAGAAAGCUCAGCCUGAGGCAAACCAAACAAUUGAUGAUAGCCGUCAGAAUCAAAUCAUCUUCAGUCCAGAAGACGUUCUCCUUCACACUUUAGGAUUCAGCAUUACUCGAAGGCACAGCUCACUUAUUUCUGCUGGAACAGGAGUCUUUGUAACGAAAGGUUUUGUUCCCAAAGGAGCAGUUGUAUCUAUGUAUCCUGGCACAGUCUAUGAAAAGUAUGAGCCCAUAUUUUUCCAGUCCAUUGGCAAUCCAUUUAUAUUUAGAUGUAUAGAUGGGGUGCUUAUUGAUGGGAAUGACAAGGGAAUAUCAAAAGUUAUAUACAGGUCAUGCAGCAAGAGAGAUCAGAUUGGUCCUUUGAAAAUGAGUGAUGUAUUUUGGCUUACAACUGGUCUGCAGAAUCCACUGGCAGUGGGCCAAUAUGUUAACAAUUGCUCACCUGAUAAAGCAGCCAAUGUAUGCUAUCAGGAAUUUGAUGUACCUGAAAAUUUUCCUAUAGAAUUUAAACAGUAUCUUCCAAACAUAAACUACUGUCAUGAGAUAUGGAGGCCCCUGAGAUGUGUCGUUCUGAUUGCUCUCCAAGACAUUGGACCAGGAGAAGAGCUUUUCUCAAACUAUUACACAAUCGUCAACUGAGCCUGAGGAGCCACAGAUUAACCAGUUUUGGACUCCUGAGACAUCCAUUUGGCGGAAUCGCACUCCCUGCAACUCUGGAUCCACACAGACAUGGGAAGACGUUCCUGCAUAAGUACUAGUUGACAUGAACAAGUGUUAUGCAGUUGAGCAGGGCCUGCACUAGAGAAUUUCCAAGUGGACUGGCACCAUACUUUGUACUUUCCACACUUGGGAUUCCCAAAAACUUUUAUACAGAUGCAUACGGCCUCUAAUGGAACAUAGACAUUGAUGGCCUUCUCCUCCAUGAACUGGUAUGAUUUUUUAAAAGCCAGUCAUGUUGGGAGCCAUUGCUGCAUUUUACAAAAACUAAUUCCAAGGUGUAACUAGGUGCUGUGCACUUUAUUCUAUCCAUCCUGAAUCUUCCAACAUUCAGAUUCAUUGGAUGGCCCCAAAUUUUAGAAUUAGUGGGAGAGAAACCUUUCUGUGCAAUCAGAAUGUAGUCUUGUCUGAAAAUAUAAAUCUGGUUCUUUAUGGAUUAGAAUCUGAACCUCUGAAAACUCCUUUUAAAAUAACCCUGUGUGUUCAAAUAUACUAAAGUGACAAAUGUUGCAGAGGCAUGAAAACUGUCACAAAAGAAAAAGGGUUUCCAGACAUUUAUUUCUGGAACUGUACACCAGGUAUUAAAGUACAACAAAUACAAAAUAAUGUUCAAAAAAAUCAGUGUUUAUGUACAAAUAUUAAAACCAAUGCAACAAUAGCAACUUCCUCUUGGGCAUCCAAUACUAAAACUGGUUGCGAUUGUCACUAAUUUAUUUUGCUAUGCACAGGGGAUUCCAACCUGAAUCUAGGAAUGACUGGAAUUACUGGUUGCUUCAGGAAGGACUGCAGACCUUAACUGUUAGCAAAAAAAAAAAAAACUACUGAGAAGUUUUCCCGUUCACAUGGAAAAAUCAUAACCAUGAUACUAUGUAAAUUCAGUUUCUCAUUUAUAGACAAUGUGCUUUUAACACUGGGCAAACAGUCUUCUAUUGGUCAGUUUAUCCACUAGUUUACAUUCAAACUUGAAAUACCCACUAAAGACUUUGGUUAAAAUUAAACUGUAUUUCUAAUACACUACUGGAUCUGAAAUUAA